CCAGAUCAUUGUUGAAAAGCUGUCCACGAUGAAGGCCUAGGUCAUGGAGACUUUCGGAUGCAUCCCUGAACACAGGACACAGGACACAGGCAUGAGUCCGGCACCUGUGACUCUGGCCAGUGCCUUGCAGGUGAGGGGUGGAGCUCUGUCAGAGGAAGAAAUCUGGUCUCUCUUGUCACUGGCUGCUGAGAGGCUCCUGGAAGACCUCCGUGAUGGUGCUUCAGAUUAUGUGGUCUGCCCCUGGUCAACUUUACUUUCUGGGACUGGAAGUCUUUCUUUCCACAACCGUAUUUCUUUCAUUGAGGCGGCUCCUUUCAAGGCUCCUGAACUGCUGCAUGGACAGAGUGAUGGUGAACAACCUGAUGCAUCACAGUGGCAUGUGUAUUCUUUAGGAAUGACCCUCUACUGGUCAGCAGAAUUUCGUGUUCCACCAAAUCAGCCUCUGCAGCUCUGUGAGAACUUGCACUCUCUUCUGCUGACCAUGUGUGAAGACCAACCUCAAAGGCGGCUGCCAUUGCAGUCGGUUCUGAAAGCCUGUUGGGCUCAUCAGCAGGAAGUGGCUGGAUACCCAGUCUCUGCCAGUCUCCAUGUCAGACAGCUGGUCACUGUGGUUUUGGAUACCAUCUCUCAGGUGGAGAGGAGAGUUGUGGAAGAAAAGUCUUUUGUGCAGCAGGACAGAAGUUACGUACUCAGAGCCAGACUGCAUCAGGCAAGCUGUGAGAGGCCACUUGCAGGAACCCAGAAGUGCCGACAUCCCUAUGGAGUUUCAGAGAGAAGCACGGAGACCCAGAACUCCCUGGAGCCAGCUCCAAGUUCCUCUACACACAGUCACUGUGGUGUUUCUGUCAACAGUACUCUUCCAGCUGAAGUUCCCCAGGACCUUGGGGAAAGCCAGGAAGGCCAGGAAGAGCGGCGGUUCAGCUCAGAGUCCGAAUGUGCUCUCUCCAGGGCUGCAGAUAACUCCCUGCCUGCAAGUCCUUCUCAUAGGGAUUUUCUGCAAAGAAAGGAAAAGUUCUCCAGGCCUGAGUUCCUCCUGCUGGCUAGAGAGGCCCCAGUGACUUUGCACCUGCCUGGAUCAAUUGUGACCAAAAAAGGGAAGUCAUAUUUGGCCCUCAAGGAUAUCUGUGUGGUGCUGCUGAGUGGGCAGUGUUUGGAGGUGAAAUGUGAUGGCACGUCAACAGUGGGAUCCAUCUUCAGUGCCGUCACAGCCUUUGCCAACCUUGUGGAACUUGCUUACUUUGGCUUGGCCUACAUGAAAGACAAAGAGUUCUUCUUCCUGGACAAUGAGACCAGAUUGUGCAAAAUAGCCCCUGAGGACUGGAAUGAGCAGCCCCCCAAGAAGACCUGGAAUACCUUCACUCUCUUCCUGAGGAUAAAGUUCUUUGUCCGUGAUUGUGGGAUGCUCCAGCAGAGUCAGACCAGACAUCAGUUUUACCUGCAGCUGCGGAGAGACAUCCUAGAAGACAAACUGCACUGUGAAGAAGAGAUGCUGCUGCGGCUGGCGGUUCUCGCUUUGCAGGCUGAAUUUGGCAGUUACCCUGCAGAGCAGGUAGAGAGUAAAGCCUAUUUUCGAGCUGAAGAUUACAUCCCAGCCAGUCUGAUUGAGAGGAUGCCCAUACACCAGGUGCAAGUCCAAGUGUCAGAGAUGCAUCGUCUCAGUCCUGUGCUCUGGGGAGAAGAUGCUGAGCUGGAGUUCUUGAGGGUCACUCAGCAGCUUCCGGAAUAUGGAGUGCUGAUUCACCGAGUUCUCCCAGACAAGGCGAGGCCUGAAGGGGUGAAGAUGGCCUUGGGGAUCUGUGCCGAGAGUGUCAUAGUCUACAAAGUGAAAAAUGAUAGCAGAAUUGCAACUAUACGGUUCCAGUGGAGAGAAAUUGGGAAGAUUUCAACAUAUCGAAAGAAGUUUACCAUCACAAGCAGCAUCACUGGGAAAAAGCACACAUUUGUCACUGAUUCAGCCAAGACCUGCAAAUAUUUACUGGGUCUCUGCUCUGCUCAGCACCGAUUUAAUGCUCAGAUGAAUUCUGGUACUCCAAUGAUUCUAAUGUUUGAUCCUAAUAGGUGUGUGCAAAUGGUCAAUUCGAGUCUUGCACAACUGACUGCAUCCAAGCCUCUCACUUGGAUUCAGAAAUUAUCAUGUACAGGAAGCACACUGUUCAAAUCCAGGCUGGAGGACAAUGCAGGAAGUCUGUCAUGCAAGUUAUUGGACACAAGCAAUGUGGAAACGACCAAGGACAUGAGGACAGAAGGAAUGGAAGGCAGCACCUGCACUGGACAGCAGCAGCCGCAGAGCAUCUGUUUGAUCCAGAAACCAACACCUAUCAACCCUGAUUCUGGACCAUCUGUUCAGAGCACAUGCACAGAUCACAUUGGGUCCCAAAGUGAAAGAAGAAAGAGCUUUUCAGCUGUGCCUGAUGCAGACAUCGUGCAUGUGACUCUGAGUCGGGACCCGUGUCACGGUUUUGGUUUUGUAAUUAAUGAUGGAGACAAUGCAGAAAAAGUGUGCCCUGGCCUCUUUAUAUCCUGUAUCAUACCUGGGGGACCAGCCGACAGAACAAAAAAGCUCAAACCAGGAGGGCAGAUCCUAGCCUUGAAUCACAUCAGUUUGGAGGGCUUCACCUUCAACAUGGCUGUGAGGAUGAUUCAGAAUGCUCCAGACAAGAUAGAAUUACUCAUUUCUCAGCCCAAAGGUAUACCCCCAAGUGAGGAAAAGAAUAGCACAGCCAAUUCUGAGGUCUUCUCCACAGACAGCCUGAGCAAUGGAUACCAGGGAAGAUUUUCACCACACAAGCAAGACCAGGUGCAAAAUAAUAGAGGGCAAGAAGUGACUGGACUUCAGAGCUUUAUACCCACGCUGAGACCCCAGCUUUCCUUCCUGCAGUUAAAGGGUGCUGGUUCCUGUCCUCUAGCAUUUCCCGAGGUCAAUGCCAAUGAAAUCUACUUCGUGGAACUGGCUAAAGAAGAUGGGACUCUUGGCUUCAGUGUCACUGGUGGCAUCAACACGAGUGUGCCCUAUGGUGGUAUCUACGUGAAAUCCAUUGUUCCCGGAGGGCCAGCAGCCAAGGAAGGACAGAUCCUGUGGGGUGACCGGCUCUUGCAGGUGGAUGGCGUGAGUCUGGGUGGCCUCACCCACAAGCAGGCCGUGCAGUGCCUCAAGGGAACGGGGCAGGUGGCACGGCUGGUCUUAGAGAGAAGAGGCCCCAGAACUGCACAGCAGUGUCCUUCGGCUAGUGACAGGAUGGGAGAUGAAGGCACUGCAGUUUCCUUGGCAACAGCCUUGCCUGACAGGCCCCCACACUGCAUCUCAGCGACAGAUGGUCCUAAAUUUGAAGUCAAACUAAAAAAGAAUGCUUGUGGUUUGGGAUUCAGCUUCGUGCAGAUGGAGGGAGAGAGCUGUGGCCAUCCCAAGAACUACCUUGUGAGAAUUAAGAGGCUCUUCCCAGGGCAGCCAGCAGAGGAGAAUGGGGCCAUUGCAGCUGGGGACAUCAUCCUGGCUGUGAACGGAAGGCCCACAGAAGGCCUCGUCUUCCAGGAGGUGCUCCAUUUAUUGCGAGGGGCCUCACAGGAGGUCACACUUCUCCUUUGCCGACCCCCUCCAGGUGUCCUGCCUGAGAUGGAUCCGGAAUGGCAGACACCUGUGUUCUCAGCAAACCAAGAAUUCUUCAGGGCAGCAUGUACCGACUCAGAACAUAGCCCCAGCCUGGAUCAAGAGGACUCCCAGAGGAAUAGUGUCUCCCCAGAUGCAGAGGAGGGCCUGGGUCUCAGUUCAGAGUCUUUCCAAGGGGCCACCAGGGAGGUACAAUGUGACCAAGACCUACACAGUCCCUGGGCUGCCUCCCUGAUGCAUUUUCAGGAUCCCCACCCGCAUUUAUGCAAACGUCAGCAAGAAAUGGAUGCAAUAGCACUGGCUACCUCUUUGGAGAAGGACAUGAGGCAAAACUGCUAUUCAGUUUGUGAUGUCAGGAGACUUGAGAGAUUUUCCUACUCAUCCCCUCUAACCAGACUUCCAAGAAAUAUUCUCUGAGCAUCUUCUCUGCAUGUUGAAACCUGUCAUAGACUGUUUUCUGCGGUAGACUGCUCGUUCUAAUCACCACGCAGGAGGCCAACUCAGCUCCGGGAGUUAUUCUUUCACCAUUGUGUCCGCAGCUUCUCAGUCAGACAAUGAGCUUCACCUUUUGUCUGCUUCCUGCAUUGCCUGUGGCGUAAAUGUCAUUCUUACUGGCUGCUUCUCCAAAUAGAUACCUUUCAAUGCCCAGGAAAGGAUGGAUUUGAAGGUCACCAGUCUGAGUCAUCUCAAUUUCCUUCUUUGGGCUGUCUAAUUCCUCUAUUCUACAACAAAUCAUAACUGCAGUAGAAAUAAUAAGCACUUCCCUUUUACUACUUAUCCUGUACCAGGAGCCAAAGAUGAUUAUUUCAGAGUUAUAAAAUUUAAGCAGCUGAACAAUCUGUUUCUUGACCUUCCCAUUUUUUAGAUGAGAAAAUUGAGGCUCCAGAGAAGUUAAUAAACCUGCCUGAG